AUGGCAGCAGUGUCAAACCAAUUAUUUACUUUGGGUGCGUCGGGCACAUUUUUCUCUGUUUCGGCUGAGAUGAAGAGACCCGAAUUAUUUACUCGCUCUCUUCUCUGUGGCCAGUCUUUCAUUGUUAUAACAAAUAUCGCCGUCUCUUCUAUCAUCUACGGCAAAAUUGGCCAGUAUCUCGCCAGUCCAGCCUUAGGAUCAGCCGGCACUUUGAUUAAAAAGAUAUCAUACGGCAUCGCAUUACCAGGCUUGAUUGUAACAGCCGUUCUUUGGAGCCAUGUUGCGGCGAAAUACUGGUUCGUCAGAAUACUUCGCGGCACGCCACAUCUCCAAUCCAAUACAGUCGUGCACUGGUCUGUCUGGAUUGGAUCUAUGCUUGUUACUGUUGUAUUUGGAUUUAUCAUUGUUGAAGUUGUGCCCUUUUUCGACAAUUUCUUGAGCUUAGUUGGCGCACUUGUGAAUCCCGUGUUUACUAAUAUUCUUCCUGGCUUCAUGCUUCUUUAUUAUCUUGCUAAGCGACCUGAAAAAGCAGCGGAGAGGAUUCAGAAUAUAGACACAGAAGAGUCGAUUUCGGCGAGAAGAUGGCUACUGGAGGCAUUCAAAACAUAUCGCAAUGGGUGGAAGGAGGUGGUUGUGUUGAGUGUUGCAUAUUUCAUGAUACUCACGGGGUUCCUCAUCAUCGUUGGAGGUACUUAUGCAACGGUGCUAGUGAUCCAGGCCUCCUAUGAUGAAGGAAGCGUAUCGGGAGUCUUCUCGUGUGCAGACUCCUCCUAG